CCUCGCAAGGUAGCUUCCCCCCUCUCUUUCGUUUCGCGUUUUGUUCCACUUCGGCCACCAUAGCCUCCGCAGAGGCUGGCUGGCUGGCUGGCUAGGAUCUGUCAGUGUGAGUGCUGCGCCAGAAGGAAUAUACAAUCCCAGCAGGCAGCGGCUGGAGCGUGUAAGCGGCAACAGCAAGAGUGGUCGCCAGGCUGGAACUUGGCGAGUGGAAACAGCUGAGUGCGAAGGAAGGGGGGAGAAUCCGAGACUCUGCAUCGAGCCCUCUGGGGACGGGGUCUGUCUCGCAGUGGCAGUGUCCCCUGCACGGGCACCCCAGCGACUUCCAAUCCCUUGGCGGUCAAUGUUGCGGAGUGCGGUGUGAAACUGACCAGGGCUGAAUGGUCCAUAUAGAUCUGAGUCAUUUGAACUAACAAGAGGAAUUACGAGUAACAAUAAUAAUAAUAAAGGUUACAACAACUGUGCCCCGAAGCAGAGGCCUUAUGAUGAAGUGAAGAGGAACUGUCUGGAAUGUGGAGUCUCUGGAGAGAAAUGUGAAAGGCAGCACUGACUGAGGCCUGGACUACCCUGUUGUGUUGGCUGCUGGAAGAAGCAGUGCUUGAGGGGGGCAGUGCUCCCUCACCAUAAAAGGCUGUGAUGUCGGUUGAAGGCUCCACAAUAACAAGCAGAAUAAAGAAUUUGCUUCGAUCUCCCUCAAUCAAGCUGAGGAGGAGCAAGCCUGGGAGCAAGAAGGAAGACAUCAGCUCUAAGGUGACCUUGGAGAAAGUAUUGGGAAUCACUGUAUCAGGAGGCAGAGGACUGGCCUGUGACCCUAAAAGUGGUCUUGUUGCCUAUCCAGCUGGGUGUGUCGUUGUGCUCUUCAACCCCCGGAAGAAUAAGCAGCAUCAUAUUCUGAAUAGUUCCAGGAAGACUAUUACAGCUCUUGCUUUCUCUCCUGAUGGAAAAUACUUGGUUACUGGAGAGAGUGGGCAUAUGCCAGCUGUUCGAGUAUGGGAUGUGGCUGAACGGACUCAGGUGGCGGAGCUUCAAGAGCAUAAGUAUGGAGUGGCGUGUGUGGCUUUCUCCCCCAGCUCCAAGUACAUCGUCUCAGUGGGUUACCAGCAUGACAUGAUUGUCAACGUUUGGUCAUGGAAGAAAAAUAUAGUUGUGGCAGCAAAUAAGGUCUCAAGCAAAGUGACAGCGGUUUCAUUCUCUGAGGACUGCAGCUACUUUGUCACUGCUGGAAACCGGCACAUCAAAUUCUGGUACCUAGAUGACAGCAAAACCUCCAAGGUGAAUGCCACAGUUCCUUUGCUCGGGCGCUCCGGUUUGCUUGGGGAACUGAGGAACAACUUCUUUACUGAUGUAGCAUGUGGCAGGGGCAAGAAAGCAGACAGCACCUUCUGUAUCACUUCCUCAGGCCUUCUUUGUGAAUUCAAUGAGAAAAGGCUGCUGGACAAGUGGGUGGAGCUGAGAAACACAGACAGCUUCACAACUACUGUGGCAAACUGCAUCUCUCUGAGCCACGAUUACAUCUUCUGUGGCUGUGCUGAUGGUACAGUGCGAAUCUUUAACCCUUCAAACCUUCAUUUUGUGACUACACUCCCUAAGCCUCACUUCCUGGGAACGGAUAUCGCCAGCAUCACAGAUGCCAGCCGGUUGUUCUCCAGUAUGACUGAUGCCAAGUAUCCGGAUACCAUCGCCUUGACCUUUGACCCCAACAACCAGUGGCUGUCAUGUGUUUACAAUGAUCACAGCUUGUAUGUAUGGGAUGUCAAGGAUCCCAAGAAAGUGGGCAAGGUUUAUUCUGCCUUAUACCACUCCUUGUGUGUUUGGAGCAUUGAGGUGUAUCCUGAGGUGAAAAAUAGCAAUCAGUCUUGCUUACCCCCAAACUCUUUCAUCACGUGUUCCUCGGAUAACACCAUCCGCCUGUGGAACACGGAGAGCUCAAACAUUCAUGGGGCUGCUCUACAUCGGAACAUUCUAAGCAGUGACCUGAUGAAAAUUAUCUAUGUAGAUGGAAUCACUCAGGGCCUUUUGGACACAGAGUACAAUACAGGUGGAGGUGCAGAAAAAGUUGAUGUGCAGGCUCAAGACACAAAAAUGGGGAUUCGCACAGUGUGUGUGAGUCCCACUGGGGAGCACCUGGCCUCAGGUGAUAGAAUAGGCACUCUCAGGAUCUAUGAGCUGAAAUCUUUGAAAGAGAUGCUGAAGGUGGAAGCCCAUGAUUCUGAAAUCCUUUGUCUUGAGUACUCUAAACCAGAGACAGGGUUAAAGCUUCUAGCAUCAGCCAGUCGGGACAGGCUGAUCCAUGUUUUGGAUGCAGGGAAGGACUACAGCCUACAACAGACCCUGGAUGAGCAUUCAUCUUCCAUCACAGCAGUAAAAUUUGCAGCCAAUGAUGGAAAGGUACGAAUGAUCAGCUGUGGAGCGGAUAAGAGUAUCUAUUUCCGCACUGCACAGAAGACAGCAGAUGGGGUCCAGUUUACUCGUACGCAUCAUGUUGUUAGGAAGACCACUUUGUAUGACAUGGAUGUGGAUCCUAACUGGAAAUAUGCUGCUAUUGGAUGCCAGGACCGGAAUAUCAGGAUUUUCAACAUUAGCAGUGGGAAGCAGAAAAAGCUAUAUAAGGGAUCCCAAAGUGAAGAUGGCACUCUCAUCAAGGUACAAACUGAUCCCUCUGGUCUCUACAUUGCAACAAGUUGCUCUGAUAAGAACCUUUCUAUAUUUGAUUUCUACUCAGGGGAAUGUGUGGCCACAAUGUAUGGGCACUCAGAAAUUGUAACUGGGAUGAAGUUCACCAAUGACUGUAAACACUUGAUCUCUGUCUCAGGCGACAGCUGUAUUUUCAUCUGGCGGCUGAGUUCUGAGAUGACCAUAAACAUGCGGCAGCGAUUGGCUGACAUGAAACAAAGAGGGAAGCAAGCAGAGAAAGCACAGCUGGGCAAAACAGCUGGGCUCCUCAGACAUGAAUCUGCCUCUGUCCUCUCAUCUGUACCAGCACUCUCAUCAGACAGUGACAAAGAUGGUGAAGAUGAAGGGAAUGAUGAAGAUGAGCUUCAUGGUCUGCACUCUCUCCAAAUGCAAAGCAACUCCAAUACUGAAAGGAAUUCAGAUUCAGAUCUUUCUUUUUCAAGAAGCUUAUCACAGUGGGAAAUGAGGAGGGCAAAAGACAUUGCAACAAUCCAGUGUUCAGAGACUACAAGCAAGGCACCUCGGCAGCGUGGGCGUUGGUCCCAGCCAACCAGCAGUCUAGAGAUGACAGUUAAAUCCAUGCUUGAUUUACGCCAGCUGGAGUCCUACUCAGUCUCCCGGUCUCCUAGCCGAGACUCCAUGUCCCAGGCCAGCAAUGGAGAUGACCAAGAAGAGCAUGCUGAUGUCUCUCUGCACAUUAACAAUAUUGGAGACUACACGUCUCCUCAGGAGAAUCAACCCUGUGUCCGACCUCAAGUUAUUCGGCUUUUAUCCUGUGAGGAUGAGAUUUUCCCCCAGGAACUGGAGCCCUCUGAGAGCGAGGAAUGUGUGAUCUAUCCAGAACAAGAUGAGAUUCACCCUACAGAUAUUAGCAGUGAGUUCCAGGUAAAGGCACUCCCCCAUGGGAAGCUAGGUAGAGGCUACCACAGCAAUGGAUGCCCAGAUAAACACAGUCCUGACAGUGCCUGUUCUGUGGACUAUAGCAGCAGCCGACUAUCAAGUCCAAAUGAAGAUUCUGAGAGUACAGAACCUCUUAGCGUUGAUGGUACCUCAGACUUGGAUGAACAGGUGGAAGGAGAGGGAGAAGAUGAUGAGGAAGAUGUGGGCACCGGACAGUUGCAGGGAGAAGUCCCCAGGACUCCAGAUCAGGAGAAGUUUCUCAAGCAACAUUUUGAGACUCUGGCCAGUAAUGGUGAAAAGGGUGGAUCAUGUAGGACCCUGGAACGAACAGAAAACAGUAUUUCUUCUCGCUUUCUGUCCCAGUCUCCAGCUCUCAGACAGCUGUCACUUUCUUCAUCUAAUCUGCCACUGGAUCGAAAACCUCUUGAGGUUCCAGCCUUGUCAAACCAAGUUUCUGCUGAUUUGUUGAAAAAUGAGAUUGAUCAGCUGAACUCGGCAACAGAGAACGGCAGUUUUCAAAAUGAUGGGAAUUCGUUUAAGUCUCUUUAUGUGCAUAGAAAGAGAAAACCUGCUUUAGAGAUCAACAGAGGUCCUGGAAGACCUGUUGGGCCAUUCCCAGAUAGUGAUGGGGUGAUGAGAAAGUCCCAGUCAGUUCAUGACCUUGUCCAUAAUGAUAAGGUUCCAGGGGUGAUGAUGCCUUCUGCUGGGCAACGUCCUCAGACACUAAUGGUAGGUGAGAAGGAUCCCAGGUCUAAUCACUGUCGGAUGUUGCCUGCAACUGUGUUGAAGAUGGAUGGCUCCAACUCCCUACAAGCCAGAGACUGUAAAGCUACAAAACCCAAGUCCUACAUGAACCCUACCACUAGCUUCAUGGCUAAGAUGUCCCGUAGCAUAUCUGUGGGAGAGAAUCUAUGCCUUGAUGACUCUGCAGAAACCAUUACUGAGGGAGAGAUCAGCCUCCAGGUACCAGAGAAGACACUGCUAAAUGCUUCAGGAGAUGCAGAGAAGAACAAGCCACUUGUAAAAGAAAAUGGCCCAAUGAAACCUGCUCUUCAGCAAGCCACAAAUUCUGUGUCACCCAAGUCCUUUCACAGCAAGUUAACAUCUAACCGGGCCCACUUGAUCCUUGACAUCCCCAAACCACUACCUGACAGACCAACAUUGGCUUCUUUCUCACCAACUGCUAAAUCAAAAAUGCUAGAAUCUCCUCAGUCACCUGCUGGCACUGGUAAAAAGAAACACUCCUUUCCUGAAGGCCGGACUUGUAAAAUGGAAGGCCAAGUAGCUGUGCUCUUGAGCCCUGGCAAAGAUUGCUCAGCAAACCCCUGUACAGAGAUCUUGAAAGAGAACCAAAAACUACUGAGGACCGAAGUCCAGUUUGAGCCAGGAGUUAGCAGCUCCCAAAUGAAAGAGUUUUCAGAUGGAUUAUCUCCAAAGUUUCCAGAGGACAGUGUGCUGGGAUGUGCAGGCAGCAUUGCCAGCUCUGGCAGCAUGGCAGAUACCCAGUGUGGGUUUUCCCCUCUUGAACAAAGCAGACUGAGGUCUCCCACAACAGUGGUGGUUCCGGCAGAGGACUCAGGAAGUUCUUCUAUCAGUGUUGAGCAGUGCAAGCAUGUUGUGACAGAGCUCCAAGACAGCAUGCGCAAGGCCAUCCAUCUGUACCAUGUGGUAUCUGCUGACCUGGAGUCUUCAGCAGACAAAAAUGAGAUGGCUGGCCUCUUGACUGACACCUUCUCUCUAAUGAAAAAAGAACUAGAUUCCCUCAAGGAUGGAAAAGAACUCCAAAAGGAGAAGGCAAUGUUGGUGAAUCAGCAGGACUCUGUUGUGAUGCCACAGAGUGAGGAAAGUGGUGUCCCCUUAUCAAUCCCUCAGCAUUUUGGGGAUGAGCAGACUCUUGCUUUGUUGGAACAAUACUCCAAGUUGUUACUACAGGCUGUUGAACGACGUAUGGAUAAAAAACUCUAAAAAGAGUCAGAAUGAACUUUUUGAAGUGAUAAUCACACAGGAAAACUGAGUUCAUGGUGGAAGCCCAGGAUUGAAUGCCAACAUUACUUUUUUCAUCCGUGGAAAUAUCUUUUCUCCCUCAAACAAUGAACAGUGCUCUUUAAGGGUCCAUCUAUGAAAAAUGUGCUGGUCACAGUAUCGGUCCUUUAUGUGCUCUUCCUCUCUUUGAACAUUGUUUAGAAAAACUGCUUAAAAAUUUCGUCCAGGAAAUACGUUUUAAGUUUGGCUUUAAAAAAAUUCUGCAGGAACAAACAACACACACUUCAUUGUAGUCUGUGGCUCAAUGUGAAAUGGUUGGUUUUGAAAGAGAUAAAGAUUGCACCAAUCACUCCCUCCUUUGGGCUUGUCAGUGUACAAACUGCUAAGCCUUUUAUUUAUUAAUUUAUUUUUGUGAUUACAGCUCUCAGCGUUUCACCUGCAUUUUGUAAUGGCUAUUUUUUUGUCUCUUUCUUGCUGUCUGUAGUGAGAGAUGAGUUUGUUACAGUUAAUGGAUUCAUAGAAUAACAGGCAGGGUUACAAAAGUAUUUUGCCUUGUUGAAUUUCACUCCCUAUUGCCUAGGUUUACUACACAGAGAGCUUUUCAUAUUUAUACUUCUUAAUAUCCUUUGUCUUUGGUUUCAAUACUCAAGAAAGGCCUGUGCUUUACCUACAUAUGCACUUGUAUCCAGAGGAUGAUGUACCCUUUGGACCAAGCUCUGGAGAUUUGUUACAAGGCUGUUUCUAAAUAGAACAGCAUGUUUUUUAAAGCCUGUUUUUAAAAUUUUGACAGAUUUUUAAAAAAUAAAAUCUGGCCUUUUUUCAGACACUACAGUGUUUCAGAAUAAUUGAAGAAUAGUUAAAAUGUUUUAUGAAGUUUUUACCCACAUUGUCCAACUGAAAUUGUAUAAAAGUUUCUUGAUGUUAAAAUGAUUCUUUCUUGGAAGAUAUAGAUCUUGAGGGCACCAGGGUAGAGGGCGGGCUCUUUAAAUGGAAACAAGAAAACAGGAUGGCUGUAGCUUUUAUUCCAUCCUAAUGGGAAUAUAAAGAUUAUUAGCUCUCCAGCACCGUUCAAGAGAUUCAUAAGAGAUAUCUAGCCUGCUAAGAUAGGGAUCCUUUCAUUUGUUUCCAAGGCUAAUGACAAAAAUCUAUAAAGUCUAAGCUACCAAAUAUAAGCUGUUGUGACUAUUUCUAUUUCCUUUUCUGUUAGGGAUCUUUGGGAAGAAAUGCAAAUGCAAAUCUGUUGAGUGGGAAUGAAAGAUGCAUGGGUUAUUGUGUUCAGGGACCACCUCAUCUUACGGUCCUGUCCAAGCUCAUGGUUAAUUUGUUAGCUCAUAAAAGGAAAAAAAUAAUCAGUUAAAUUAUCAGUUAAAUGUCAGGGGCCUCCUAGAAGGUAUGUGCAAGCUUCUUGUAAACUUCUCUUUUCCUCUCGGACAGCACAAUUUCUGGCUUACUGAAUUAUCAGUUUUAUCAUGUUCCAAAAGUGCUGGUUGACACUGAUGAAAAUAUUUUAAAAAUAGCUGCCCUUCACAGUGUUUAUUGCUGCUGUUCUUUGACCAGAGAGUGACUUAUUCUAGUUGGCUUUUUCCUCCUUGCACUUUUGGCCUGUCAUCCAGGCAUUUUCUUAACUGACAACCCUAUAGCAUUGCUUCUGGUCUGAGACAGGCUGGAUCUCAGGACUCAAGAUGCAGUUCAUGAGAUCCUUGACUGGCUGGCCAAUCAUUCAUCACUGAACUCCAAGGCUGGGGACUUGGGUUUUUUUUUAGUGUUUUAUAUACCCCUCCCAGAAAUUGUGCUUAUUUUAGCUAUUUCUCCUUGGAAUUUCACUGAAACAGUUUGACUGGUAGUUAAGAUACAGACUCUCAAAUUGAGGUCCUGCUAGUCCUUUCCUUCCAUAAACGAGCAUGAAAUCAGUUAGAGAUGUGACAAUUGGCUAUCUGUCAAGAGAAAGUUAGGAUUGUGUUUUGCAUGUACAGGAAAGAUCAUACAGGCAAAAUAUGUCUAUCUCUUUUAUAUUUAAACUGAAAAGAAUGCUCAGUGAUCAGGAAACACACAUAUCAGGUCAAAGAGCCAUAAUCUUCUGGUAACCUGUGAUACCAGAAAGUUGGAAGUUUUUGGUGUGGUGUUCCUUAAUUUAACCUUUUGAAGUUGCCAAAUAUAUUGUAUGGGAGCAGGUUCAAGUUUCUGAUUGGCUUUCUAUAGAUUUACACCCAAUAGAUUUAUCUGGGAUUCUGUUGGAUAAAAAAGCAAAAUGAAACAAGUUCUAUAUUGAUGCCAAAACAGGGCUUCCACUAGAUAAUUCAUGUGAAACUGCUUUUAACAUUCAGCAUUGACUGCUUUCAUGAUUCAAGAUGGGAAAACAAAAUAGUGGAGUGAGAAAUGGAAUUGUUUUUUGUGGCCUUAAGUAAGUAGAUAUUGAAGGAUGCAUGAGUUGGCCUGUAGUUUCCAGUAAUACAUUUAGUAGUAAAGCAAAGACUUCUAGAAAAUUUGUGCAGCUGAGCUUGGAUUAAUAGUUUUUAUAUAGGACAGAGAUAGUUAACUAGAGACAGAGUUUAGUUAAGUAGAAUUGGACAGGAAUUUGAUGAUGAUUAAAGACUGGAAAGGGAUUGCAGUUCUUAAGUCUCUUAAAGUGUCCCCUAUUUUUCCCACUUGUGUUCAUGAUUUGGGAAGAUUUUGGGAAUGUCUUUCCUCUGCCAAUAGUUGUCCAGGCCACCUGGCUCCCAUGAGUUUCUUAGCAUGCCUGUCAUCCAGCAGAAGCCCUAAUUCAUUGUUGAUAUCAUAAGAAUUUGUUUUUGCAAAGAAGCAGCUUUAUUUGAAGAAAAUACUUGGAUAUUAAAUGUUCAUUGGUAGCACCUUGCUGCUGGCCACAAAUAUCACUUUUGGAACACUGUAAGGAAUAGCUGUUACGAGUAAAGUUGUUAUAUGCAUUCUGGCAUUUCAGCAGCUGGAGGGAGAAAAUUUUAAAAACAUGCCAUCAGUGACAGCAUGAUAUCACUUGGGGGGAGGGAACAGGAGUGAUGUCAGCCUUCUCUAGAAAUCACUGAAAAUACGGUUUUUCUACAGAGUUUCUGGCAAUCCCUAGAGUCUCAUCAUUUCCAGGUUUUUCCUAUAAGUGACAUCAUGAUGUGGGUAAUGGCCCCCCCCCAAAAAAAAUGCCCCCCUCCAGUCUCCCACUACUGGCCAGGUCAGGCUUGGUUACCCUAGUUACAAGUCAGUAAGAUAAUUCAGCAAACUGUGAUUUUGUUUUACAUUGCGUGCAAGCUAUAUUACAGGUAUCCAUGGUCUCCAUUAGGAAAUCUUCCAAAAGCUGGAGAAAUAUAAAGACAUGUAGUAUUUGACUGGCCUACUUCUACCAUUUUUUAAAACUAUGUGCAUGUAAACAUAACGUAUUAAGGCAAGUGUGGAAAUUAUGUACAAGACCCUGGAUCUGUCACUUAUGUAUUACUUUCAUGGUUCCUAUAAUAUUUCCAAGCAACGUAACUUGAAAAUGAUUUCUUUGUGUAUGCUGCUUCUUUUUCAAAGACAGUCCUUAGAAAAGUGAACAAAUACCUUUGCACUUGAAUAGGACAAAAUGGCCUGUUCUUGUUUCCUCAAAUAUAGGGCACAUUUAAAAAUCAAACUGUGUUUACACCAGCUAUUGAUUCAUGCAACUAGUGCUACUGGAUAAGGCUGUUUUAAUUGUCCACUUGAUUUUAAUCAUUUAUUUUCUACUGAAUAUCACUCUAUUAGAUACAACUUUCACUCCAGUGUUCCAGAAUAAAUACACUUCCUGCCACAAAAAAGCUAUUCCUAAGGCCUUUGUUGAAAGUAUUAUAAACAUAAUUACCUACUAAUACACAGAUGCCCAGGUACUGGAGCUCCAGCAUCCUGCAUUUUCAGUAUUUUACAGCUUAGUUGGAAGGAAACAUCAUCCUCUUGUGGCCCUUCAGGUAUUGUUAACUUGAUAGUUCUUUUUGUAGAUAAAAAACUUAAAAGUAUUCAGAAGAUGGGACUUUUGUGUAUAAUAUACUGGACUGGGAUACUUCUAUAUUAGGAUAAUCCGCUGUAAAUCACAGACUGUGAUGCAUGGGGGCAGCAACCUUAGGAAUAAGCCAUUUCUACUUAGCAUGUCUAAGUUAUGCCACAGGCACCUGAUGGACAUUCCUUUGUUUCCUGUGCGCUUUCUACACUCCCUCCUCUCUCUCCACUGGUUUUUAAAGGAGAUAACAAACCUGAAAUUUUUAUUUAUAAAUGUUUUUUCUACCUUGGCUUUAAGAGGAAAAAAUCUUUUUAAAUGCCUUUUUUAAUUAUUUGAAAUACCUGUUUUAUGUUUGUGGGGGUUUUGCACUGUAAGCCACCUUUCUGGGGCUAUUUUUAAUUAUGUAUUCAUUUGUACUCUGUGUCUUAAAUAGUUUUAAUAAAAAGUGUGAUCCUUUGUUACAAAAA